AUAAAAGAGGAUGAAGUAAAAGAUUCCAAGCAGAGUGCCAUUAUUGGAGAAAACCAAACACAGAAUUAUUUUUAAGCAGUGAGAGAAAAUUCAGAUGACCAGGAUGUUGUGACAACAUGUUUACAAUCUGACAAGCAUGUAUGUGAGCUCUCUCUUGGAUAAAGAAACCAGCAUGUAUCCAGGAUCUGCAAGGGGUAAUCACAACCUGCCGGUGCAAAACUUUGUGUCUACUCCACCCUAUUCAGAUUACAUGGGAUAUCAUCAUGUGCCGACUCUGGACAACCAUGGACAGGCUGUGGGAACCUGGGGAUCUCACUACGGCCCACAGAGGGAGGACUGGAACGCUUAUGGCCCAGGACCCUCCAGCACCGUUGCUGCUGCACAGAUCAAUGGCUCCUCUCCUGGGCAGGUCUCCUACAGCUCUGCCGAUUACAGCUCCCUCCAUCCUGCUGGACCUGGGGGGUUACCUCCCGCAGAUGCAACUAAUACACAGCAAAUCUCUCCCAACAGCCAAAGGCACAGCUCUUACGAAUGGAUGAGGAAAACGGUGCAAGCUAACACUACUGGUAAAACAAGAACAAAAGAAAAGUACCGAGUUGUUUACACAGACCAUCAGAGACUAGAAUUAGAGAAGGAAUUUCACUGCAACAGAUAUAUUACAAUAAGGAGAAAGUCAGAACUUGCAGCAAACCUGGGACUAUCUGAAAGACAGGUGAAAAUUUGGUUCCAGAAUCGCCGCGCCAAAGAGAGAAAAAUGAUCAAGAAGAAAAUCUCUCAGUUUGAUGGCAGUGGCGGCUCGGUUCAGAGUGACUCUGGUUCACUCAGCCCAAAUGAAAUAUCUAGUUCUCUGUUCCCACCACCACAUGGAAUAAAUGGAUUACAGCCUAUUGACGUUCAUCAAGUCAUAGUUUCAGAAUGAACAGAAAAAAAAAAAGGGGGAGGGGGAAAUGGAUUUUUUCCUCUCUUGAGAAUUCAACGUUGCAAAGGACCAUUCUCAUUCAACUGUCUUCAGAGUGCUGAUUUCUAUGUACAGGAUCUGGGUUUAUUAUCAAAAUAUUUUAAUUAUCACAGAAAUCUCAGGGAACUCUUGCUGCUAAGAUUCAUCACUCAAAAUCUUUGAGUAGGAGAUAAUUUGCUUCAGAUACUGAGAGAAAGAAUGAUACAACAGAAGAUUCAAGCAAAUGUAGUUCUAGUCUGAUUAUAUAUAUGCAGAAAAUUGUCAGUGAACUGAUUAAAAUAGAGUACUAUUUCAGAAAACACAAGAUGCUGGGUGUAUUUGCUUUGUUACUUUUUAUAUAAUUAAACUGUAGAUGUUUAUAAAUAUUCACACUUAGAGUAUUGAAAAGAAUGUCAUGUUUUAAAAACAACAAAAACAUUUUAAACACUUAAAGAAAAAUAACAUAAUGUUGUAAUACCAACAUCAUGCAUGUAAUUAACUAAAACAAAUCUUAUUUGCCCUAUGUAAUUGUACUGAGCAUGCCAACCUUCUAAACGAUAAUUACAGUUACAUAAUAUCAUACCAAA